UUACUCUCUUCUUCGGACUCGGAAAUACCACUGCAGUUCGUUUUUUUGCGAAUGGUUGCAGAUACAACGCUGCUCGCUGCCGUCGCCCGUCCGAGCUUAUGCUGCGCAGCCGUAGCCAACACUGUGACUUGGCCCCAAACUACCUACGCGCUCCUCCAGUUUACCUUCCACCCAUAGCAUUAUGGCAGGGUUCUUCAACAAACUCAAAGGCGCAGGUGCAGGAAGCUCCAAAACCGACAGCAAUGCCUCGUCUAAGAACAAAAAGGACGAGCCGGCGGUGGAAUUGACUCCCCUUGAGAGAAUACUGCAAAAUGCUGGGCCUCUGCGGGAAGACGGCAGCGACAAGUACUUUGGCUUGGAAAAUUUUGGCAACACAUGCUACUGCAAUUCGAUCCUUCAAGCGUUAUACUACUCGGAACCUUUUCGAGAGAAUGUCGUUAACUACCCGCCUUUGAAUAACACGUCAGAAGGCAAUACGAGCAAGGUCAAAGUCUCGAUACGGCCACCGGUACAAGUCAACGGAAAUGCGGCGACGCCCGGCAAGCCAUUGCCCAAACCGCGGCAAGGGUUCACUCCUGGACCAAUACCGAUGCCAAUAACGCAACCGAUACGACCGGAAGACAGGCCUGAUGCCCCAGAAUACAAGAAAAAGCAGGCCAUGAUUAAAGGGCCCGUGUUGGAGUUGGCCCAGGAAAAUCCAGAUGCGUACGGCAUGGAGGAAUGCACGUUCACCGGGCUCAAGGAUAUUUUUACUGCUCUGAUUCAAAGCAACUCCAGGACCGGUGUCAUCAGCCCACAGCGCUUUCUGGAUAUCUUCAAGCGCGACAAUGAAAUGUUCCGCAAUUCUAUGCACCAAGACGCACACGAAUUUUACGGCCUUGUAUUGAACGAUGUUAUCUCGAAUGUGGAGGCGUAUGCUAGGCGUAUGCAGGAGAGCAGGAAGGAGAUUGGAACGACAUCGUCUCAAUUAAACCAACAAUCGUCAUCUCCAAGCCUUACGAGGAGCAUGAUGGCAUCCAACCUCAGGACGCCAGAGACAAGCUGGGUGCACGACAUUUUUGAAGGCGUCCUAGUUUCCGAAACCAGGUGCUUGACUUGCGAGACGGUGUCACAACGAGACGAAACGUUUUUGGAUCUCUCAAUCGAUCUGGAAGAGCACUCUUCGGUAACGUCAUGCCUACGGAAAUUCUCCGCAGAGGAGAUGCUUUGCGAGAGGAACAAGUUUCACUGCGAUCGUUGUGGCGGCUUGCAAGAGGCCGAAAAGAGGAUGAAGAUUAAGAAGCUACCAAAGGUUUUGGCGUUGCAUCUGAAGAGGUUCAAGUAUACCGAGGACUACAGCCGACUCCAAAAGCUGUUUCAUCGUGUCGUCUACCCAUAUUAUCUUCGCAUGUUCAAUACGACGGAUGAUGCUGAAGACCCGGACAGGAUUUACGAGUUAUACGCAGUUAUUGUCCAUAUUGGAGGUAAUGCCUACCACGGACACUACGUGUCAAUUAUCAAGACCAAGGAUCGGGGAUGGGUUUUGUUCGAUGACGAGAUGGUCGAGCCCGUUGACAAGAAUUUCGUGGCGAACUUCUUUGGUGACAAGCCAGGCAUGGCUUGCGCCUACGUACUAUUCUACCAGGAAGUCACCUUUGAGAAGAUGAGGGAAGAGUUGGAUGCCGAAGGACUAGAAGAGAUGAGGUUAGCCACCCAAGCAGCCGACCUGGCAGCCGGUGCGGAACAAACGAACGGGACCGGAAAUGAUUCCUUAACCAAGGUCAACAGUCAGCCGACAGUACCAGUCGAAGAUCUUGACCCAUCGGUAAGCCUUGCUCACGCCCAAACAGCUCCAGGCGGAAUUGCCAGUAUCUUACAAUCUUCAACGCCGACCCAGACCCCCGGACCCGAGCCUUUCUCCCAUCCUCUAGCUGCGGCACCACCUCCGGCCCCUGCCGUCAUAACGAAAGCGGACGAGGCAGCCACGGUCCCGCCCAAAUCCAAGGAUGAACUUGCCAAGGAGAAAAAGGAACAGAAAGCCCAAGAGAAAGCACAGGAAAAGGCCCGAAAAGCCGCCGAGAAAGAGGCAGCAAGGCUCGCAGAAAAGGAGCGUUUCGAGAAGGUCGCAAAGAAGCGCGGAGUACAGCAAAAAGAGCAGGAGCAGCUGGCAAAGGUCAUGCGCGAGAGCAAACAGCUGGCGGCCGAGGAAGAAAAGAGGCGCAAGAAGGAGGCGGCAGCCGCUGAAACAGGCACUAAGAGUGGCCCCAGCAGUCCCAGGCUGUUCAAUCGCGCCGGCCUGGGUGGCAAGUCUCUCUCGCGCAAGAGCUUUGCUUUUCUGGGAAAGACCGGCGGCGGUGGUGGUGGUGUUGGUGGCGGUGGCAGCGACAAGUCCGAGAAAAGCAGCGACAAAGACAAGAGUGACAGGGCGGAAAGCAGCAGUACAGAGCAGAGGAGCAACGACAGCAUGACCAGCAACUGCGUGGCUGAAAGCAACGCGAGUAGCCGCGCGACUACUGGUGAUGGUUAUGGUGGCAACGGCGCUGGCGGAUUCUCUCCGUCGUCGCCGUUGUCGCCCACGUCACGAGGGCCGAACGGCAUUUAUUCCCAUAAUCACCACCUGCCGAGCUCGCCCAUGAGAUCCAUGACGACUCCAGAGGGUAUCAAGAGAGACGUGCGAGCGUCUAGGUCGGCAUCGACGUCCUCCAUACUCGGCCCGCCCCCUACGGCUCCGGAGAGGUUCGAGAAGCCGCCGCUGCGAGACCGGUUCAGCUUCAGCAUGGGGAGGAAGAAGAGUUCACGGUUCCUAUCGUAG